AUGCCUUCACCGAAGUGGGCGCCCUGCCAGGUGUCGCCAGCUGACCGGCGGGCCGCUGUCGGCGUUACGCAACGGGCGACUGGCGGUCGUCCAGCGCUGGACGCUGUGCUCUGCCCAUUGUUACGCCCGUCACACGCCGGGCCUUGCGUAACGCCGCGCUGCGCUGGACUACCUGUUGUCCGGCGAUGGCUCGCGCCGCGCGCGUGUUGGGCGCUGCGCUUCCGCGAGCGCGCCCGCUAUAAGAACCCGCCGGCCGUAGCCCGGGGCACUCCGCCUCCGACGAGCACCGCAGACAUGUACAAGCUGAGCAUCGUGCUGGUGGCAGUGGCGCUGUGCGCCGUGCAGGCGGCCCCCGCCCCCAAGGCGUCGCCCGGCCUGCUGGCGGCCGCCCCCGUGGCCUACGCGGCCGCCCCCGUGGCCUACGCCGCCCCCGCCGUGGUGACGGCGCACAGCUCUCAGGUGGUGGCGCAGAACUUCCACGCGCCGCUCGUCGCAGCCGCCUACGCCCUGCCGGCCGCCAUCCACGCGCCCGCCGCCGCCUUCGUGCUGUGA